AGAGAGGUUCUGCCCUCCCAGGUGCGCAGGCCACCCGAGUCACCGUCAACGCCCCACGGGCCGCCCGCAAUCUCCAAACCGUACCCAAUCUCAAAGUUUACCACUAGCUCAGUCUGCUAAACGUACCCAGAAUCCAACCAUUUUUCCUUCCCCUGCUGCCUUACCUGCCCGGGUUCCAACAUCUGCUCACCUGGACAGGCGGAGUCGCCUCCACGCUCGUCCCCGGCUCCACCCUCGCCCCCCACGGGCUGUCCGCCCUGAAGCAGCCACCAGAGGGCGCCCGUGAGCACCUGAGUCCGGGCCUUUCCCUCCUCUGCCCACAGCCCUCCAUGGCUCCCACCUUCCUCCGGGCCAAAGCCCAAGUCCUCCCCGCAGCCCACCAGGACCUGCACGACCUGCCCUGUUCCCUCCCCAUCUUCCCCUCUUCCCUCUUAGCCCCGUGCUCACUCUGCUCUAGCCACACGGGCCUCCUCGCUGUGCCUCCAACACACCAGGUGCGGUCCUGCCCCGGGGCCUUUGCACAGGCUGUGCUCUCUGCCCGGAGCUCUCCCCUCACUGAUAUUCCCACAUCUCACUCCCUUACUUCCUUUACUUUAACCUGUCAAUUGUCCCUCUCAUUCCCCUAUGGCCUCCCUGGGAGCAGAGACUGUCUUUUCCUUUCUUUCUUUCAACAAAUGUGUAUUGAGCACCUACUGUGUGCCAAGGGCAGGUGCCAAGGAUGCAGCUGGCAAAGGAGAGAGACAAAAGCCACUGCCCCCAAAGAACAUGCAUCUGAAGGCAGAGGCAGAUGGAAUGCAUAAACCAAGGAAUGACUGCAGAGAGUGGCAGGAAAUCAAUGAAAAUACAGAAAACAGAUGAAUGGACAACCGCAAUGGGGCCCAUCCAUGCGACAGGGCAGUAUCCAGUCUUAAAAAGAAAGGAAAUUCUGACACCUGCUUCAAGAUGAACCUUGAGGACAUCCUGCUCCGUGGAAUAAAGCCAGUCACAGAAGGGCAGAUCCCGUGGGACUCCACUCACAGGAGGCCCCUGGAGUGGUCGAUCUACAGAGACAGAAAGUAGAACGGCUCUGAGCCCAAGCCAUGUGUCCAGCCCUUUGACCCUGGAGCUACAGCCUCUGCCAGCAAGAACAGCAGGGCACCCUGGAGGCCUGAGAACCCCGACUUCUUCUCCACCAUGGGGGAUGAGCAGGAGCAUGAUUUCCCCAGGCAGCUCAGCGACAGCGUGGAGGACCUCGGCCUGGAUUUGGGGGCCCUGCAGGGCAGCGAGUACCUCCAGGACUUGGGCCUCAGGGCCCCUUCCCACAGCCCCCCUGGGGAUGCCAAGGACAGCGGCCCUCCUGGCGAAGAAGCUAGAGCGGAGUCGCCCUUCUCCAGCUUGGUGGGGUCCCAGAGCCUGCCACCACGGCGGCGCAGCUGGGAGAGGUCCCGGAGCUGCUCGGACAGCUGGCGGAGGCUCAGCCUUGACGCUUCGCCUGUGGAUGAGGGACCCUGUCUCCCUCGGACGCUGGCCAGUCUUGCUCUGAACCUGCCGGCAGAGGGGCUGAAGACGUGGACCCAAGGGUGUCUGCCCGGGGGCAGGGCCCCAGCAGAACCGCCAGGCAAGGAAUGUGACAACCAGGAGAAAAGAGUGAGGUCACAGUCAGUUCCAGUGUCCUUUUAUGAGAUCAGCUCCCUGGAAAUCUCUCCGGCUUUGGAAGUGUCCACAGCACCUGCUCGAGGCCUAGAGCCCCCAGUGCUGGAGUGCAUCGAAAAGGACCACGUGGAGCCAGACCACGUGUUGAUUGUUCAACAAGUGCUUCAAGAACUCCGGCAGUACCAUGGGGCCCGGCAGAGGGCUUGCAUGUCAGCCAGCCCUGGAGGAGCCCACUCGAACCUCACCUGGUUUGAGUUCCUGUCGGAGAGCGAGGAUGGUGCCGGCAAGAACGAGAAGAGUGAGAAAAGCACCGGAGUGAGGCGCAGGCUGAGCUGCCUCCGAAGUCGAGUCACCAGACAGAAGGAGAAGGUGAAGAGUCCGGUCCAGCUGAAGGAGAAAGGCCAAGAUGCUCGGGAGAAGCGGGAGUGUGUCGCCGGGCACCAGCUCGUGCAAGGGACCUUCCUCAGCCACUCCAGCUGCUGCCCCCUGUGUGGCAAGCCCUUCCUGAGCUCCGCCUCGCUCAAGGAGCACCCCCGGGGCACCCUCCUGUCCGACGGCAGCCCAGCCCCAGCCCCGUCCAGGAAUGUUGGCAUGACGGUCUCGCAGAAAGGGGGUCCCCAGCCAACACCGAGCCCGGCUGGAACUGGGACGAGACUUGGACCAAUCACAGGAGAGAUGGAUGAAGCCGAUUACGUGUUUUUAAAAUAUAAGCAGGCAGCCGAUGACUCCCUUUCGCUCACGUCUUCUAAUGUCGAGUCCGUUUUCAUAGAAGACCCCUACGCUGCCUCGUUGAAGAGCGAGAUCGAAUCGGACGGCCACGAGUUCGAGGCCGAGUCCUGGAGCCUCGCCGUGGACUCAGCCUACGCCAAGAAGCAGAAGAGGGAGGUGGUGAAAAGACAGGAUGUCCUUUAUGAGCUGAUGCAGACAGAGGUGCACCACGUGCGGACGCUCAGGAUCAUGCUCCGGGUGUACUUCAGGGCCCUGCAGGAGGAGCUGCAGCUCAGCUGCGCCGCCAUCAGCCGCCUCUUCCCCUGCGCCGACGACCUGCUGGACAUGCACGGCCGCUUCCUCUCCCGGCUCAAGGAGCGCCGCCACGAGUCCCUGGAGGAGGGCAGCGACCGGAAUUACAUCAUCCAGAAAAUCGGGGACCUCUUGGUGCAGCAGUUUUCAGGUGAAAAUGGAGAGAGAAUGAAAGAAAAAUACGGGUUGUUUUGCAGUGGCCACAACGAGGCCGUCAGUCAGUACAAGUUGCUGUUGCAGCAAAGCAAGAAAUUUCAAAACUUGAUCAAGAAAAUCGGCAACUCGGCCGUCGUGAGGCGGCUGGGCGUGCAGGAGUGUCUCCUCCUGGUGACGCAGCGCAUAACCAAGUACCCGGUGCUGGUGGAGCGCAUCAUUCAGAACACGGAAGCCGGCACCGAGGACUACGAAGACCUGACCCAGGCCCUGAACCUCAUCAAAGACAUCAUCUCGCAAGUAGACGCCAAGGUCAGCGAGUGUGAGAAAGGCCAGCGCCUCAGGGAGAUCGCGGGGAAGGUGGACCUCAAGUCCUCCAGCAAACUCAAGAACGGGCUCAGCUUCCACAAGGAGGACAUGCUUCAGCGGCAGCUCCACCUGGAGGGCAUGCUGUGCUGGAAGACCACGUCCGGGCGCCUGAAAGACGUCCUCGCCGUCCUGCUGACCGACGUGCUGCUGCUGCUCCAGGAGAAGGACCAGAAGUACGUCUUCGCGUCCGUGGACUCGAAGCCCCCCGUCAUCUCGUUACAAAAGCUCAUCGUGAGGGAGGUGGCCAACGAGGAGAAAGCGAUGUUUCUGAUCAGCGCCUCCCUGCAAGGCCCCGAGAUGUACGAGAUCUACACGAGCUCCAAAGAGGACAGGAACGCCUGGAUGGCCCACAUCCGGAGGGCCGUGGAGAGCUGCCCCGACGAGGAGGAAGGGCCCUUCAGCGAGGCCGAGGAGGAAAGGAAGGUGAUUGAGGCCCGAGCCGCGAGACUCAGGGACUUCCAAGAGCGUCUGAGCCUGAAGGACCAGCUGAUUGCACAGAGCCUCCUGGAGAAGCAGCAGAUCUACCUGGAGAUGGCCGAGAUGAGCGGACUCGAGGACCCGGCCCGGCCCCGCACCCUCUUCCGGGGAGGGGACCCCGCCGAGACCCUGCAUGGGGAGCAGAUCCUCAAGUCGGCCAUGAGCGAGAUCGAGGGCAUCCAUACCCUGCUCUGCAGGCGGCUGGGCAGCGCCAACGGCCAGGCGGAGGACGGCGGCAGCUCUGUGGGCCUGCCCCGGAGGGCCGAGACCUUCGGGGGCUACGACAGCACCAGCAGCCCCAGCAAGAAUGGCAGUUUUAAGAAGAAAGUCGGCAGCAACGAGCCCAGGCCCCGAGACUGGCGAGGCCCCACGAACAGCCUGGACUCGAGGCUCAGUGAUGGCGACGCCCCGGGCUGCUCUGAGGAACCCCUGCAGGUGGUGGAAGCGCCUGGCUCGGAGUGUGGCCCCCGUCUGCCUGCCAUCCUGGAGUCGGAGCUGGUGCAGCGGGUCCAGACACUGUCUCGGCUGCUCCUAAGCCUCCAGGCGGUCAUCGCGCAGCAGGACAGCUACGUGGAGACGCAGCGGGCGGCCAUCCAGGAGCGCGAGAAGCAGUUCCGGCUGCAGUCGACGCGCGGGAACCUGCUGCUGGAGCAGGAGCGGCAGCGCAACUUCGAGAAGCAGCGGGAGGAGCUGGCCUGCGCGGAGAAGCUGCAGAGCCAGCUGCGGCAGGAGCGGCAGCGCUGGGAGCGCGAGCGCCAGCGGCAGCGGCAGGAGCUGGAGCGCGCGGGCGCGCUGCUGCAGGAGCGCGAGGACCAGGUGCGGCAGCUGCUCGAGCGGCUGGGCCAGGAGCGCGCCGAGCUGGAGUGCCAGCGCCAGGCCUACCAGCACGACCUGGAGCGGCUGCGCGAGGCCCAGCGCGGCGUGGAGCGCGAGCGCGAGCGCGACCGCGAGCGCCUGGAGCGGCUGGAGCGCCUGGAGCUGCUGCGCCGCCUCAAGAAGCAGAACACGGCGCCGGGCGCGCUGCCGCCCGAGUCCCAGGCCGAGGCCCAGCCCCCAAGCCAUCCUCCCAGCUUCAAUGGGGAUGGGCUGGAGGGGCCCCGGGCCAGUGUGCCGCUGCCCGGCGUGGGGCCUGAGUACGCAGAGCGGCCCGAGGUGGCUCGCCGGGACAGCGCCCCCGCCGAGGGCCGGCCGGCCAAGAGCGACGUGCCCAUCCAGUUGCUCAGCGCCACCAACCAGAUCCAGAGGCAGGCGGCCGUGCAGCAGCAGAUCCCCACCAAGCUGGCCGCCUGCACCAAGGGCGGCAAGGACAAGGGCGGCAAGGACAAGGGCGGCAAGAGCAGGGGCUCCCAGCGCUGGGACAGCUCAGCGUCCUUCGACCUGAAGCAGCAGCUGCUGCUCAACAAGCUCAUGGGGAGGGACGAGAGCACCUCUCGGAACCGCCGGUCACUGAGCCCCACCCUGCCCGGCAGCCUCGGCCCUGCACCGCCCCCCGACUCCUGCUCCCCAGCGCCGAGCCCAGCCCAGGUGGACAGCCCCCCUGACUGCCUCCCCCUCAAGGCCGCGGGCACUCCCUUCCCGCCUGUGCCCCCGUCCCCCUCGCCACUGCCGGCCACAGCACUCAGCACCAAGGACGAAGCCCCCAAGGAAGACGUCAUCUUCUUCUAAAACACCAGGGAUCGAGGUGCCGACCCCUCCCUGCCCUGCCCACUCUCCAUGCUCUCUGGGGACCUCCGAGGGGUCACCGAGCCUGCCCAGCUGUCCCCUCCCCUUCCCGAGCAAACCACCGAGGACCGCCUGGCGGGGCCAGCCUGUUGGUGCUUUGGGUCUCGAGGCUCUUUCUGUAGGGUGAGCGCCGGUGCCUGGGUCCCUUUCUAAACCUCUUUUUGUGUUUGUUUUCAAGAUGGAAAGUUUUUAAUCGAAGGUUGAACCAGAGCUAAACCAGGGAGCUCUUUUAAGUCGCAGCACCCCCUCUGGGUGGCAGGCGACCAGCCCUAAGCCGUGCGUCCGAGGCAGUGAGUGGGGGCGCUGGUUCUGCAGGGCCGGAGGACAGGACAGACCUCGGUCCAGGAAGGAGCUGCUGGCCCCGGCCGCGCCCCUUGGCCGCUAGGAGAUGCGGGAGCGAGUAGUUAGGGACACACGCAAGUUCACAGUGAACCUCGGGGCCGGCGAAUGAGCUGGGCCCAGGGUGGACACAGCCAGCCCAGGGACAGAGAAGGCCAGGGGACGAGGCCAGCCAAGGGCACGGCUGAUGGCGCUCCAGGGGGUUCUGCGGGUGCAGAAGCUUAUCCUGUCCUUUUAACCUGGCAGGGGUUUUGAACCCACCGCCCUUCCUCACGCACUUGGCCUGAGAGGCCGAGCCUCGCACUUCAGCCAGGGCCAGCACACGCCCCAGGUGGGGGUCCUCGGCCCCCGGGAAAUGAGCUAGCGUUCCCAGGUGAGCGGAGGAAGCCCCAGCGCCAGUGUGCCACCUGCCCGGUGGGUGUUGACACGACGCAUCCCAGGCGUGGGGAGGAGACGCCUGGAGCUGCUGCCAGCGAGUGGACCAGUGUCACCUGCGGCCCCUGACUUGCAGCGAGCUGUUGCAGCCGCGUCCACGGCCCUGGAAGAGUGGGGGUGGGGCAUUGGGGAUGGCGUCUAACGUCCAGCAUUGUCCCAAGUGGCACGUGGGCCCCAGCUGGAGCCGAGUCAUUCUCCCAAACGCAGCGUCUGGGCCGCGCAGCGAGGGGCCUCUGCCUUCUCCCAGUGCGCGGGCAGAGCCGCCCCAUUACGCCUGACGCAGGGGGUGGGGACAUUCCCACCACUCGGGGUCAGGCGGGCACAGGACACGGGAAACGACCUCGGGAACUGUUCACCCUGUAGCCGAGGCGCCACUCAGUGCCAUGAGCUCGGGAGGGGACGGGACAGGGGCAGGCGAUGACCAGGAACGUCUCAGCGGCACGGCCAGUCGGUGACAAGGUACCAAGAGCAGCAGCUUCUAGCAUCACCCGGGCACAGCGAGUGACCUGGUGUCCGCAGGCUCCUGGCCCCUGGGAGGACCUCGACCUCCAAGCCUGGUCCUUCUGUGAUCAGCAGCUCUCGCCCUGCGACCUAAGCGUCCCCACCCUGUCGGUCUCGUCUGUGCCAUGCUGAUAAUCAGUGUUUUGUAUUUUUGUACUGAGAAGUACUGGAGCACUUUAGCAGAGCUGACUUCACAUUCCCGUUCUGUCGCGAAGAGGACAUUCCCGGGCCCACCUGAGCCGGUGUGCCCUGGUGCCACCCGCCGAGACGCCAGGAUUCCUUGGACAAGAAGUUCGAGGAACCUCUGCUUGGCCACGAGGCAGAGGGGUCUCGGUCAGGCCACGCAGCAGGACGGCGUCGCUGGCCCUUCCCCCACUGUACCCCUCGGUCGCUCCUGGGUGGAGCCCAGUGCUACCUGUCAAGUCGGUGGUCGAGCAGAAGUUCCUGCGCGCGUCCCCGUCAGUCGUGUCCACCUGCUAAUUGUUUUUACGAUGAUUACGUUUCCUCACCAUGGGAUGAUUCGGAACCGCCUUAGAACUUAAGACCCGAUUCUAGCAAUAAAGGUGUCUAAGAUGA